UGUGCUCCAGAAGGAGUUUUAACCUGGAGGAUCAUUAACUCUUUCCGUCAGCUGGCGCUGCCGUGGCUCGGCAAGUUCAAGUUCGUCCUGGACGCAUCUGCUCUGGAAGGUCAGGGAGGUGUGGAAUCCUUUUCCAUGGGGGACCACUUUGAGAAGGGCCAGCACGCUUUGCUCAAUGAAGGAGAAGAGAAUGAAAUGGAGAUAUUUGGCUACCGGACUCAAAGCUGCCGGAAAACCCUCUGCCUUGCUGGAUACGUCUUCUCCUUUGGUAUCCUCCCCUUGGUGUUUUACUGGAGACCUGCUUGGCAUGUGUGGGCAAAUUGCAUCCCGUGUUCCUUGCAAGAGGCAGACGUCGUGUUGCUGAGGACAACAGAUGAAUUCCAAACUUACUCUCGGAAAAAGGUAGCGUGGAUCUGCCUGUCGGCAUUAAACAGCACAUUUCGCCUCACUCCUGACCACCCUCUCAUCACAGAUGAGGAGUAUAUCAUAAACAGAGCCAUAAGAAAGCCAGACUUGAAGGUGAGAUGCAUAAAAGUGCAGAAAAUAAGAUACGUUUGGAACAACUUAGAAGGACAAUUCCAGAAAAUCGGUUCUUUGGAAGACUGGCUCAGUUCUGCCAAGAUACAUCUAAAAUUCGGAUCUGGCCUAACAACAGAAGAACAAGAGAUUAGGAGGUUAAUAUGUGGGCCAAAUACUAUCGAUGUUGAAAUCACACCUGUCUGGAAACUGCUCAUCAAGGAGGUUUUAAAUCCAUUUUAUAUAUUUCAACUCUUCAGUGUCUGUCUGUGGUUUAGUGAAGAUUAUAAGGAGUACGCUUUUGCCAUCAUAAUCAUGUCCAUCAUUUCCAUAGCUUUGACAGUGUAUGAUCUCAGAGAGCAAUCCGUAAAGCUCCACCAUUUAGUUGAAUCACAUAAUAACAUUACAGUCUCUGUAUAUGGGAAAACAGCUGGAGUCCAGGAGCUGGAAUCACGCUUCCUGGUACCUGGAGAUCUAUUAAUUUUGACGGGGAACAAAGUGCAAAUGCCAUGUGAUGCCAUUCUGAUUGAUGGCCACUGUGUGGUAGAUGAAGGCAUGCUGACAGGAGAAAGCAUCCCAGUCAGUAAAACCCCUUUACCUGAGAUGAAUAGCUCUGUGCCCUGGAAAACACAGAGUGAAGCAGAUUACAAGCGGCAUGUCCUCUUCUGUGGAACCGAGGUUAUCCAGGCCAAGGGGGCUUGCUCUGGGACCGUGAAAGCAGUGGUACUGCAAACGGGAUUCAACACUGCCAAGGGGGACCUGGUGAGAUCCAUUCUCUACCCCAAGCCGAUGAAUUUUAAGCUCUACAGGGAUGCCAUCAGGUUCCUCCUGUGCCUCGUGGGGACCGCCACCAUUGGAAUGAUCUACACAUUGUGCGUCUAUGUGCUCAGCGGGGAACCUCCGGAGGAGGUGGUGAAGAAAGCCCUUGAUGUCAUCACCAUUGCUGUUCCUCCUGCUCUACCUGCUGCUCUGACCACAGGCAUUAUCUAUGCCCAGCGGAGGCUGAAAAAGAGAGGCAUCUUUUGCAUUAGUCCACAGAGGAUCAAUGUAUGUGGACAAUUAAACCUUGUCUGCUUUGACAAGACAGGCACCUUAACGAGGGAUGGCUUGGAUCUCUGGGGAGUCAUGCCUUGCGGUAGGAACGGCUUCCAGGAAGUCCACAGCUUUGCCUCAGGCAAGGCUCUGCCCUGGGGCCCACUGUGUGCGGCCAUGGCCAGCUGCCACUCUCUGAUCCUCCUCGAUGGGACCAUCCAAGGAGACCCACUGGACCUCAAAAUGUUUGAAGCCACCACAUGGGAAAUGGCGACUUCUGAGGACGAUUUCCAUAUCAAGGGAGCACCGGCAUGUGCCAUGGUUGUUAAGCCCUGCAAAACAGCCAGCCAGGUCCCAGUGGAAGGGAUUGCAAUCCUGCACCAGUUCCCAUUCUCAUCAGCGCUACAGAGGAUGACAGUCAUUGUCCAAGAGAUGGGGGGUGACCGGUUGGCAUUCAUGAAAGGUGCACCAGAGAGGGUGGCCAGCUUUUGCCAACCUGAGACAGUACCAACUAGUUUUGUUAGUGAACUUCAGGUUUACACGACACAGGGCUUCCGGGUCAUAGGACUGGCCUACAAAAAGCUGGAAAUGGACCACCACACCACUGCCUUGAUGAGGGACCAGGUGGAAUCAGACCUGAUAUUUCUGGGACUGCUGAUCUUAGAGAAUAGAUUGAAGGAAGAGACAAAGCCUGUCCUGGAAGAGCUCAUCUCAGCCCGGAUAAGGACUGUAAUGAUCACAGGUGACAACCUUCAGACUGCAAUAACAGUGGCCAGAAAGUCUGGAAUGGUUUCUGAAAGCCAGAAAGUCAUUCUCAUUGAAGCAAAUGAACCUACUGGGUCCUCAUCAGCAUCUAUAUCUUGGAAACUUGUAGAAGAGAAGAAGCACAUUGUAUACAAGAAUCAGGACACCUACAUUAACAUCAGGGAAGCAGUCUCUGAUAGUAGCAGAGAAGGAAGUUACCAUUUUGCCCUAAGUGGAAAAUCCUUCCAGGUUAUAAAUCAACAUUUCAGCAGCUUACUGCCUAAGAUACUGAUCAAUGGAACCAUCUUUGCAAGAAUGUCUCCUGGGCAGAAAUCCAGUCUGGUGGAAGAAUUUCAGAAACUAGAUUAUUUUGUAGGUAUGUGUGGUGAUGGAGCCAAUGACUGUGGGGCUUUGAAAAUGGCUCACGUGGGCAUCUCUUUAUCAGAGCAGGAGGCAUCCGUGGCCUCUCCUUUCACUUCCAAAACUCCAAACAUUGAGUGUGUACCUCACCUUAUUAAGGAAGGACGUGCCGCUCUCGUUACCUCAUUUUGCAUGUUUAAGUACAUGGCUCUCUACAGCAUGAUUCAGUAUGUUGGUGUUCUGCUGCUCUACUGGGAGACAAACAGCCUUUCAAAUUACCAGUUUCUGUUCCAGGAUCUGGCCAUUACAACUCUUAUUGGUGUAACAAUGAAUUUGAAUGGUGCCUAUCCCAAGCUGGUGCCUUUCAGACCUGCAGGACGGCUCAUCUCCCCACCUCUGCUGCUCUCUGUGAUUCUCAACAUUCUUCUCAGCCUGGCCAUGCACAUUGUGGGCUUCAUUCUGGUUCAGAUGCAGCCUUGGUAUUCCAUGGGGAUGCACAGUGCCUGCACAGUGCAAAAUGAAACGCUUUCAAAGUUGACUAUAUCUCCCACUGCUCCAGAAAAGACUGGAAGUAAUGGUGUCCUCACAAGCUUUGAGAACACUACUAUAUGGUUCUUGGGGACAAUCAACUGCAUCAUUGUGGCUCUUGUCUUCUCCAAAGGAAAACCAUUUAGGCAGCCCACCUACAAAAACUAUAUAUUUGUCCUUGUGCUGCUCAUACAGCUGAGUGUGUGUCUAUUCAUUCUAUUUGCUGAUAUUCCAGAACUAUAUAGGCGUUUGGAUCUGCUCUGCACACCUGUCCUGUGGAGGGUCUACAUUGUCAUUAUGCUCAGUUCCAAUUUCAUUGUGUCCCUUGUGGUGGAGGAAACAAUUAUUGAAAAUAGAGCCCUGUGGAUGAUAAUCAAAAAAUGUUUUGGCUAUCAAUCAAAAAGCCAGUAUCGAAUAUGGCAGAGGGCCUUGGCAAAUGACCCCAGUUGGCCCCCGAUAAACCAGGCCUCCUACUCUGAUAUGCCAGGGUAUGGCCCGGGAGUGUCUUACAGCAACCCCGUAUUUGAGAGCAACGAGGACCAACUUUGAAGGCAAUGUGAUACCCAAAUUUAUAUAUCAUAGAAACAAUGACAAAAGGGACCUGUUUCAGUGAUUUUUUUAAGCAAUGAGACUCUUGCAAUAUCAGCUGGAGUUUUUGGAAUCAAAAACCUACCCAAUCAUGGUGACAAAUUAAAGUCUUUUUGAUAAAAUGCUUUCUAAAGAUCAGAAAACUGCCCUAGGAGAGUGCUUUUCUCUUGGCUUCUGAAAAUAUUAGAGGCAUUCAGUGACUCAAGAAUGGCCCAGGGAUGGCAAUGGGCCAAGAGUUUGGGAGGCUGGAAGAGAAGGAGAAUAUGUAAUUUGUCUUUUUAGAUAAUAUAUUUUUAAAAUGAGUUGAGGGAAAGUAACAUAGAAUUGUAACAUGUUAAGGAUCAUUUUUGAAUUCUUAUUUCACUGAUGGAAAAACAAAUGCAUGAGAACCAUCACACCAGUCCUCACUGUCUGGUUUCCUUUCCUUUGUGGAACUUUUCAGAUUUGAGAUAUCUCCUUCUAUUUCUGUCCUUCCCUUACAUAUUAGUCAGGAUAGGCUAAGCUAUUGCUGCAAUAACAAACAGCUCCAGUAUCUCCGUGUCUAACACUCAAGAGUACCUUUCUUGGUCCAGAUGCCUCUUUAGCAUAGCUCUCCUCAGAGUGGAACUACCACAGAACACAUGGAGUCUGUGAACACAUGGAGCAAGGCUCCAAUCUGAUGGUUCCACCAACACAACACGAGGACUCCUUGUGUUCUGUGAUGAGGGAAGGAAGAUGGAGGCUCUUCACUGUGCCAAAGUGGGAUACAUCUCAACCAUCACUCACACCUCAUUAACCAGGGAUUUGGCAAAGGAUCCGGGAAGUACAGUCUCCUGUAUUUAGGGCUAGCUUCAUGGGUGUAUGAUUUGGCAUUCACACAGGGCCUCAUGCUUGGAUGGGCCCCCUACCUGGAUUAGUACUCUGCUCUUGCCAUCUUGAAAUUCUUAAUUUUUGCACUGGGCCCCGCAAAUUAUAAAAUUGAUCUGGCUUGUAUUCCUGGGAAAGAAAGGAAAGUAGUACAUAUCACACAGUGCUCGUACCAUCCACUAAAGUCUACAUCUCCUGACCCUGUGAACCUCUAUGUUUUAGGAAUGCUUUAUCUUACAUGCCCAACUCCAGGAAUUUUCAUUCCUUGACUCUAUUAUUUUUGAGAAAAGUUACCUCUUGUGCUACAACCUUAUAUAUUAUCCCUCACAGAAGUCUCCUACAGCCUACACAUCUCUUAAGUUUGAGGCUUUGAUUUUCAGAAAGCAAAAAUGUCCUUUAUUUUAUCACUACUAUAAUUUGCUUAUAUUGGAUUCAUUCAGCCUAGAAAACAUUCAGGUUUCUGUUAGCUCAGCAGACAACACAGAAUUCUAGGAAAAUGCCCACAAAUAGUGUUUUAAAGCAAAAGCAACAUUUUCAUGGUAAACAUCAAAUCCUAAGUGAGUAGUUCUGGGCUGGGAGUCCCUGGAUGGCUUUGCUUCUUACCAAGAGCAUCUGCAAGGCUUCCCUUCCUCCUUCAGCUCAGGCUGAACUCCUAAGUGUGGCCAGUGGCCCUGUGAUUGUAGACAAUUCUGGGAACAUGGUGUUUGCCAGCCACAAAGUUACCUUGUUGCUUCUAGUUUUAAAAUAAGGUGUGAAGAAUCAUUAAAACAGGUGGCAGGGAGUUCCCUUUGUGGCUCAGGGGUAACGAACCUGACUAGUGUC